ACCAGUCCCCACGUGCUAUUCAUUCAUUGAAAAAAUUGGUUAAGAUUACACACCAGUCAUACCGUAGAGCUGCGAAGGCGGAAUAGAUAAUAAUUUAGAACAAAGCGGUAUUUUUCGUUUCGCUUUUCACGGUUACACUCGUAUUGCUCGUAUUAUCAAAAAAAAGUAUAUAAUAAAUUCAUUAGUUAUUAAAUUCUGUAGUGUACUCAGAUAGUUUAUUUAAAUGUGUUUAUAUGUAUGAUUAGUUCCAGCUACCGCUUAGAGAUGUCGCUCAAAAAGGUUCUUGUCGUUAAUAAAAGUUACCCUGUAGCGGGCUUAGAUAUUUUGAAAGAAAAAGUGCAGACAACGGUUUUACAAUAUCUAGACUACGACCCAGAAAGUCUUCCAGAAAUCAAAAAGAACAUCAAAGGAUAUGAUGCUGUUAUAUGGAACACGAAACACCAUCUUACGGCAGAAAUUCUGGACUUAGCAGGUCCUCAAUUAAAAGCGGUGUCUUCUAUGUCGUCUGGUCUCGACCACAUAAGGAUAGAAGAGGUGCAGAAACGCGGCAUAGCUCUCGGCAACACUCCAAACGUGUUGAACAACGCGGUGGCUGAUAUCACCGUCGGACUGCUCAUAGCGGCCGCUAGGAAAUUCAAGGAAGGCAUCAGGGAACUAGAAAGUGGACAGUGGAAGUACGGUGUUCAGUGGUCCCUCGGGCUGGAUAUAGCUGGAAGUGUAGUCGGCAUCAUUGGCCUGGGAGGCAUUGGCCAAGCUGUGAUCCGGCGGCUCAAGGGCUUUGACGUGGCCAGGUUCCUCUACACCGGCAGAUCGGACAAACCGGAAGCGAAAGCUCUGGGAGCAGAACGUGUCCCGCAGGAGCAGUUGCUGAAGGAAAGUGAUUACGUGAUCCUGGCCUGCCCCCUGACCGACCAGACCAAGCACCUGAUCAACGCGGACACGCUCAAGCUGAUGAAGAAGACUGCAGUUCUCGUGAAUAUUGGAAGAGGAGGUCUCGUGGACCAAGAAGCUCUAUACGAUGCGUUGAAGGACGGCCGCAUCUUCGCGGCGGGGCUGGACGUGGUCACGCCAGAGCCGAUGCCCAAGGACCAUCCUCUUGUAUCUCUGCCAAACUGCUUUAUAAUUCCUCACCUGGGAAGUGCGACAGUGAAGACCAGAAACGACAUGGCCAGCAUCGCCGCUAACAAUAUAUUGCUGGGACUGGAUGGAAAACCUAUGCUUUUUCCGGCUUACUGAAGUUAAACUACAAGGCUAUAAUCAUUUUCGAUAAUCCAGUGAUGCGCCGC